GUCUUCUUUCUCUCAUUUUCAACUUCCAUUAAAUACUCAGAUUUACUGUCACUACUGCGCAAUCAUACAUUUAUCUUUCGUCUUCUAGAGGCAACAGCACAGGAACAUGGCGCGACAAGAGCCACUCCUGGCCUCGCGCCCGUCCUCCGAUCGCUCGUCCAUCCGCAACGCCGAGGAAGAGGACGCUCUGCUCACCGGAGAACGCACCAACCGCAGUCAGGGCCGGGGCUGGACAUUCUGGAAAGACGUUGGUCUUUUCACAUGGGCCUUGCUCGCCACCGUCGCUGUGAUUGUUCUGUCUGUUGUCUAUCAGCACGAGGCAAGCCGAGUCAAUGAUCACUCCAAGCAUCCGUGGGGCCCCGGGGGGAAGCCGACCGGCAAGCGCAACCUGAUCUUCAUGGUGUCGGACGGUAUGGGCCCGGCCAGUCUCACCAUGACCCGGAACUACAAGCAAUACACAGAAGGGCUUCCGAUUGACGAUAUUCUCGUCCUGGACCAGCACAUUAUCGGUACCUCCAGGACGCGGUCGAGCUCCAGCCUCGUGACCGACUCCGCCGCGGGCGCCACGGCGUUCUCCUGUGGCUUCAAGAGCUACAACGGUGCCAUUUCCGUUCUUCCCGAUCACUCCCCUUGUGGGACAGUCCUCGAGGCGGCCGCUCUUGCGGGCUACAAGACCGGUCUGGUGGUGACCACCCGUAUCACCGACGCAACACCAGCCUGCUUCGCUUCCCACGUCAACCUUCGGCAGUAUGAAGAUCGCAUCGCGGAGCAGGAGAUCGGCGAGCAUCCUCUGGGCCGGGUGGUGGAUCUCAUCAUGGGCGGAGGCCGGUGCCACUUCCUGCCUAACUCGACUGAAGGAAGUUGCCGGGCUGACGAUCGUGAUCUUAUUGAGUUGGCGAAGACGAAUGGAUUCCACUACUUGAACGACCGGGAGGGAUUCGAUUCGCUGGACGGAGGCGCUGCCGUGAAGUUGCCGCUCCUGGGUCUUUUCGCCGAGAAGGACAUCCCUUUCGAGAUCGACCGCCGCAGCCAGAAUGAUGUGUAUCCGUCUUUGGAGGAGAUGGCCCGCACCGCGCUCAAGGCGCUCAGCGAGGCUACCGCUGACAGUGACAAGGGAUUCUUCCUCAUGAUUGAGGGUUCCCGCAUCGACCAUGCUGGCCAUGGAAACGACCCAGCUGCCCAGGUCAACGAGGUGUUGGCUUAUGACAAGGCUUUCGCGGCCGUCUUGGACUUCCUUGAGAAGGACUCUACCCCUGGAGUGGUGGUGAGCACGUCCGACCACGAGACCGGCGGUCUGGCUGCCGCGCGACAGCUCCAUGCUUCCUACCCAGAUUACAAGUGGCUUCCUGGGGUGCUAGCUAACGCUAGUCACUCGUCCGAAUACGUGAAUAAGAAGCUCCAGGAUUUCAUCGCCAAGGAAAGCGACUCCUCUGCACAGAAGAAGUUUGUCCGGAAAUUGCUGGAGAAGGAUCUCGGCAUCACAGAUGCCACCGAGGAGGAAAUCUGGGCCGUGCUUGAUCCCGACUCGCCAAUCACUCCCCAAUAUGUGUUCGCAGACAUUGUGAGCAGAAGGGCUCAGAUUGGAUGGGCGACACAUGGACAUUCUGCUGUUGAUGUGAACAUUUAUGCUUCCUCCACGAAGGAUGCCUGGCCUCUUCUUGGAAACAACGAGAACAUCGAUGUGGGAUCAUUCCUCACCAAGUAUCUCGAUCUUGAUUUGCAGCCCAUUACCGAUAAGCUGCAAGCGUCCGAAUACUGGUCCGUGGCCUCGUCAGAGCAUCAGGUCGACACAUCAUCGUUCGGCUGGCUGGGUGACCCACUCGGUGCCGAUGUCCGCACUGAGGGGAUGGACGCCUACCAUGGCGAGUUCAAGCGCUCGCUGACGGAGGGAGGCUGCAACUGCGGCGGUGCUCACUAGACUUAUAGUCGGCUGUAACAGGCAAAUGUAUACUCCUCAUUCUUACUUACUUCAACUGUCAUGUCAUGACAACUUUGCAUGGUCAUACUGGCGUCCGGGCGGCUGGAUCAUAACCACAACAACAACCACAUUCAUCAGGGCCAAUUGGUUUGUCUCAUUUCAUGGUUGGUCAAGUUCUCUACAUAGUCUUCUACGAUCGAAUAUUUACAUGAACAAGAUGAGCAUAAGCUUGGAG